AUGAUGCUUUCUAGGCAUGUCCGUUGCACGACGCGUAUCGAAUCAGUGGCAUUGGCGCGACAUCUUGUUCCCACUUCACGGCCGUACUCCGCAAUCCUACACAAAUCGCUUUCGAGCGUGACGCGAGCCUGCGCGAAACCACGUGCAGCGAAGCUUGUGAGUGCAAGAUGGAAUCAAGAGUUGCAACGUCGAGGUGCGAAGCGGAGAGCCUCUUUCAGCUUUGAAGACUUGCCCCAGGGUGCCAUUGAGUCAGAUGCACUACCACCCCAAGAUGAUAUUGAACCAGAGUACCCUCCAUUGCUGCAGCAGGUCCGCAACAACAUGCUCAAGUUCAACCAUUGCGUUCUGGUGACCAGAGUCGGUGGCUUUUACGAGCUGUAUUUCGAACACGCGGACGAGUAUGCUCCCUUGUUGAACCUGAAGAAAGCCAAGCGGAAACCGUCAAAGGGCAGCAAGAAGCCUGCUGUGUCGAUGGCCGGCUUUCCUGCAUACCAGCUGGACCGCUACCUCAAGAUCCUCGUUCAAGACCUGAACAAGCAUGUCGCCAUCAGCGACGAAUCUAUCAACGAGGCGCCCAAUCGAGCGAAAGGUGAACUGCAAUACACGCGAAAGGUCUCCCGUAUCGUCACGCCGGGCACACUGAUUGAUGAACACUUUAUGGAUCCCUGGGAGAACAACUAUCUCCUUGCCAUUCACGUCGAUCCAAAGACACUUGAGAAGGAGAAGGCUGUCACAAACAGCCCGGGUAGCUCGAGUGUCUCGUCGGUGCUCAACUUGCCUCGUACAGAAGUUGGUCUUGCUUGGAUCGACCUGUCGAGUGGCGACUUCCUUACUCAAAGCACCGACAUUGCAUCGUUGCCCUCCGCUGUCGCUCGCAUCAAGCCCAGAGAGAUUGUGCUUGACAAUAUAUUCGAGGAAUACGAACACUCGCGCAUCGUGUCGAUACUGCAGGAAGACGGACACAUAAUUACCUUCCAAGAGCCCUCGCAGGAGCCACUCACGGUCAAAGAUUGGAUCCCCAUGCUGAAGGACGUUGUAGAUGAAUUCGACCCUGCAAGAUUUACGUCUAGCGAAGUGGCUGCUGGCGGCUCCCUUCUGCACUAUGUCAAGCAUCAGCUCCUUGGCUCCCGAACACAACUGCAAGCCCCCAUCAGACACCAAGCAGAAGAUCACAUGAGCAUUGACAAGAACAGCCUAAGAGCGUUAGAGAUCAGGAACACAAUUCGUGACGGCACAUACGAAGGCAGCUUGUUACAUUCUCUGAAGCACACAGUCACCAAAAGUGGCACCCGCCUACUUUCACAACGGUUGGCCGCACCUUUGAUGUCGCUGUCCACGAUCAAUGACCGACUGGACUUAGUCGAAGAGAUGAUUGAAUACCCACAGCUGAGGCAAGACGUCAUCACUCUCCUUGGACAAACGUUCGACUCUCUUCGUCUAGUGACCAAAUUCACCUACGGUCGUGGCGAUGCCGAUGAUCUUAUGGAGCUCUCAAAGACAAUCACGACCACUUCUGACCUGUUCAAUAUUCUGCAUGAACACACAGUUUCGAGAAACGCUGUACCACCCAGCUCAGCCCGCGAGGCAUCGGAGACGAGACGAAGGCUUUGUAUGUCUGCGCUAGAGCGGCGAUUUGAUCUCCAAGGUGUACGUGAGCUCUCAAAGCGCAUACAAGACGCUAUCGACGAAGAUGCGCUUUCUGAGUAUCAUCGCGCCGAGGACGAGCAGGCAGAGGAGAUGUCUGAGCUGGCUCAAGAUAUCGUGGGCCGAGAAGCCGGCGAAGAAGAUCUCAAGAACAUGCCCAAACGCAUCCAACCAAAGCCACACGCGAUCACAGGCAGCUACAAGAGCGUCACAGACGGACGAGAUGACAUAUGGAUUAUGAAGCGUAAGGCAAGCCCAGCACUUGACCGACUGCACAAGUCACUAGAUUCAAUGGGCGAAGCCAAAUCAGAAUUAGAGGACAGGCUGCGCCAAAAGAUGGACGCCUCCAGCUUAGUUCUCAAGUGGACCCCGAACCUCGCACAUAUCGCUCAUGUCAAGGGCAAAGACGUAUCUCGAGUGACCUUACACUAUCCGAAGAGUCUGAGCAGUAGCAAGUCCACACGUUCUUUUCAGGUUCUUGAGUGGACGCAACUGGGUGCGCAUAUGGACGAGACGCGCUUCAGGAUUCGUAACGAGGAGCAGCGCGUAUUAGGAAACUUACGUGAGGGGGUUGUUCACAAUCUCGUGAGGCUACGACGAAACGCUGCUGUGCUUGACGAACUCGAUGUUGCAUGCGCUUUUGCUAUUCUCGCAGUAGAGAAAGACUUUGUCCGACCUAUCAUGAACGCUGGGACUUCACACAAUAUCGUUGGCGGCCGGCAUCCUGUCGUUGAGAGUAGCAGCAAAGAACAGGGUCGCAAGUUCACGCCAAACGACUGCAUACUCGACGACGAAGAACGCAUCUGGCUUAUCACUGGCCCAAACAUGGCAGGCAAGAGCACUUACCUUCGGCAGAAUGCGCUGAUCUCGAUCCUCGCCCAGACAGGAUCGUUCGUGCCAGCCGAGUAUGCAGAGAUUGGCCUCGUCGACAAGGUUUUUAGUCGCGUUGGCUCUGCAGACAACCUCUUCCUCGAUCAGUCUACCUUUAUGGUGGAGAUGUUGGAGACUGCUCAGAUACUUAAGGAGGCUACCCCACGCUCGUUCGUCAUCAUGGACGAGGUGGGUCGAGGGACUACCCCCGAGGAUGGCAUCGCUGUAGGCUAUGCCUGUCUUCAUCACUUGUACCACAUCAACCAGUGCCGGACCCUGUUUGCGACCCACUUUCACGCUCUCACGGACAUGACCGAAGACUUCGAGAAGCUCGCUUGCUAUUGCAACGAUGUCCUGGAGGAGGCAGAUGGCAGGUUCUCGUAUGUACAUCGCUUGAAGAAGGGCGUCAACCGGGAGAGUCAUGCUCUGAAGGUUGCCAGAGUUGCAGGCCUUCCCGAGGACGCCAUUGCAGUAGCUGACAGGAUUCGCAUGCAACUGAGGCAUGGUCCACUCAAUGCAACUCCGAUCGGCAUUGAUCCUUCCGCUAAAGUCAAGAAAAUCCCGAGAAGCAGAGCUGCUGCCUCUAAAUGA